AUGGAGCUUCUUCAUUUUCUUCCGCGGAGGUGUUUGCUUCGGGCGGUGCCUUCCUCUCCGCCCACCUCGGCUCUUUUUUUUGUAUCUUCUUCCGCGGUGCGGUGCCUGCAUUCUUCCUCUGCUCGCUUUCUGCGAAGAAGGCACGUCUCUGCUGUGCGGAGUGAAGCGCCAAGAGAGCCUUCGAGCCGAUCCUCCGCCUCCUCUUCUCCGAUUCCCCCAGAGAGCUCCUCGCCGUCUUUCAGCGCGCGCUGCAACGCUCGGGUCUCGGAUUCCCACCGCACUUCAACUUCCCCCUUCUCCGCUUCUUCCUCCUCACUCGCGUCGUUCUCUUCUUCGCAGCCUUCUCCCUCCGAGGCUGCCUGCUCUCCGCUUUCACCAGAUCUCGCGUCGUCUGGGAAGGAUGCAGACGACAUCACGAAGCGCCUGCGGCAAAUCUGGGCUGGACAGAGGCUGCAUGCCGCCGCGCCAGGCUCGCAUGCGCUGCAGACACCUCGGGAUGACUUUCCGCCAUACCCCCCUUCUCUGUCGUCGCGGCCUGCGAGGCUUUCUCGAGAGGAGGAUCUCCUCGCUUUCGCACCUUCCUCUCCGUCGUCACGUGGCGCGUCGUCCUUCGCAUCUUCAACUUCUGCGUCCGGGGCAUUCGGCGUCUCCGCUGACCCGCAUUUCUCCUGGGAAGCGCUCACGGGGGAAGUCUGGCGAGAGUCAGCGAGAGGAGACCAGAGCAGACGCCGAGAGUUUCCCGGCCGGCGAGUAGAGCCUCCGAAAACAGAUGAUCUGCCUUCUUCUGGCGAACCGCGGCGCUGCAGAGAUCCGGUUGCCCGAAACGAAGACGAGGCCGCCGCCUUCGUCGUCUCUGGGGACACCAGAAAUCCGCGACAGCGCGGCGUCGUCGUAAAGAUUCACCAUCGCCGGAUCUGUGGCUUCAUCGGUGAGUGUGGAGACGGCUAA